AGCAGAGCUUAAAGUAAGAACAACAUUCUGCGGUAGCGAGGGGUUCGACUGCUACUACUCAUCAAGCAUACGACAACUGGGAAGCCAUCGUGAGCGAAGUGGUCGUCCUCACUAGAGACUGUCGGAGUGGGCUCUUGACCUCACAGCCACCAGGGACCUCGUCUAUAAUACCAAUCCUCAACAACAUGUCAUUAACAGAAUCUACACCCGAGGCCGCUGCGAAGGCGGCCUCCCUCUCGGCUCGUAGCCUUGCCGUCCUGCCAGUAUCAGCACGCAACGAUGCUCUGACAGCCAUGCACGACGCCCUGCUCACGAAUAAAGAGUCCAUACUUGCCGCCAAUGCACAAGACAUGAUCCGCGCCACCUCGGCCUCACAGUCUGGCCACCUAUCCCAAAGCGUCCUCAAACGUCUCGACCUUUCCCGGCCCGGUAAAUAUGAGGACAUGCUGCAGGGUAUCCUCGACGUGCGUGGACUCGACGACCCGAUCGGCAAAUGUGACCUGCGUACCCUUCUUGACGACGGAUUGGAACUCGAACGCGUGUCGUGCCCGAUUGGCGUGCUACUUAUCAUCUUUGAAGCGCGACCGGAAGUCAUUGCCAAUAUUGCGGCGCUGGCCAUCAAGUCCGGCAACGCGGCGAUCUUGAAAGGCGGGAAAGAAUCCACCAACUCCUUUGAGACGAUUGCAAAAGUCAUCAGCACCACAUUGGAAGGGACGCAAGUGCCCAAUGCGGCGAUACAGCUCGUUAAGACACGCGACGUCAUUGACCAGCUGUUGGGGCUUGAUCGCUAUAUCGACCUAGUCAUCCCGCGUGGUGGGAAUGAGCUUGUCAGGUACGUCAAAGAGCACACGAAAAUCCCGGUGCUGGGUCACGCGGAUGGAUUAUGCAGUGUAUACUUGCAUAGUGAUGCGGAUCAGGAGAUUGCGGUUCGAGUCGUGGUAGAUUCGAAAUGUGACUACCCAGCCGCUUGUAAUGCGGCCGAGACAUUAUUGGUGCAUGAGAGUGCAUUGACAACAGCGCUGCCAGCUGUGGCCGAGGCGUUGCUUGCAAAAGGGGUAUCAUUGCGGUGUGAUGAGCAGAGUAAGAACGCUCUGAGAAAGAUGUUGCCUCCGACGAACGCUACGUUGGUGCAAGAGGCGGGUGAGGAGGAUUACAACACAGAGUUUCUGGAUCUCAUCAUGGCAGUGAAGACGGUACCUGCCACGACAGUCAUUACGAACGGCCAGCUCGCGGACGAGCAACGAUCAAACGACACGUCGCUAGACUUGGCGAUCGCGCAUAUCAAUACGCAUGGGUCGAAGCACACGGACUGCAUUGUAACGAGCUCAGAGAGAGCGGCAGAGAAGUUCAUGUCCUCUGUCGACUCGGCCGGCGUGUAUUGGAAUGCUUCCACAAGGUUUGCUGAUGGGAUGAGAUAUGGGUUUGGCACAGAGGUGGGCAUCAGCACGAAUAAGAUACAUUCCAGAGGCCCCGUUGGUCUCGAGGGCCUGACAAUCUACAAGUACAAGAUCAGGGGACAUGGGCAGACUGCUGCUGAGUAUGGUGAAGGAAGCGGGAAACGAAAGUACAAGCAUGAGAGAUUGAGCAUUUGAGCGCACAAUAUUGUAAGGCUGGCGAGUUAUGCAUUUCAUCCGAGCUGCAAAUGGAGAGUUGUCGAACCGCCUACCAUGCUUUUGAACAGCUGCUGAAGCAAGGAGACGGACAACCGGGAAGAUUCUCAAGAUUCGCGAGACGGAAUGUACCUGGCCCGCUACCUGAUGACCGGCUGCACGCAACAGUCACUGAAAUGUGCACUGCCAGUAGCUCAACUAAGCCUGAAAGACCGAGCAUUUCGUCUGGAUCAAGAGCAUCUCAACCGUCUGCACGAAAUUGAGACUUUAAACACCAGCGUACCAUAUUAAUUGGACAUUCUGGACGACGAUUGAUGCCGCAAUUCUGACUGCCAGUCUCCUUCCUCUGGUGCACUCAAUUCCAUGUUGACGUCCUGAUAUAUCUCGAUGCAAUGGCACCAAUGGAACGAUCAGGUACCUAUAACUACUCUAUACUGCAAAGUCAGAGAGCAUGAUUUAUCCGAGG